UUGUUUUCACAUUGCGUUGUACAUUCACUAGUGUAGUAUAAAAAACGUAAAUAUUUAUGUAUUAAUUCACGUUAAAAUGUAAUGCCAAUUGUAUAUUACUACCUGUGUUUCGAACUAAACAAUAAUAUGGCUUUAAAUGGAUUUGUUGAGUUCUUUCAAAAAGGAAAAACUUUUAGGCCCAAAAAACGAUUUGCGGCAGGCACAAUUAGAUAUUCUCUCUACAAACAAGCCCAGGCUAGUCUUCAAUCUGGCAUAAAUUUACGUCAGGUGGUGCGGUUACCUCCAGGGGAGAACAUGAAUGACUGGCUAGCGGUGCAUGUUGUGGACUUCUUCAAUCGUAUCAACCUUAUUUACGGUACUGUUUCCGAGUAUUGCGAUGAAUCAACAUGUCCAACUAUGUCUGGAGGCUCACGUUAUGAGUAUUUGUGGGCAGAUGGAGAGAUCUAUAAAAAACCAGUUGCUCUCCCGGCUCAAAAAUAUAUUGAACACCUAAUGGACUGGAUUGAGACUCAAAUUAACAAUGAAGCCUUGUUUCCCGUAUCCACUGGUGUUCCAUUUCCAAAAACUUUUGUUGCACUUUGUCGUAAAAUUCUUACGCGAUUGUUCCGUGUUUUCGUACACGUCUACAUUCACCAUUUUGACAGAAUCGUGAGCAUCGGCGCUGAGGCGCACGUUAAUGCUUGCUAUAAACAUUUUUAUUAUUUUGUAAAAGAAUUCGAUAUGAUAUCAAGCAAGGAAUUGGAGCCAUUGCACGAAAUGACGUCUCGGAUUUGCAAAGACAAAGAUUAAACAUAAUGAUUGUACAUGCUUUUAUUUAUUUUAAACUUCAUGAAUACGAGAGUAUUUCUUGUAUUCAUUCGGAAUCUCUGUGUAGAAAAUAAAUUAUCAAGAUUGUGGAAAAAAAACACCGAUAAUGUUUGUCCUGCAAAUGCAAAAGAAAAAGGAAACUAUAUUGUGAAAAGGAGUGACGCUCUGCAUCAAUAGAAUGAAUAAAUAAAUUGAUCGCAUAAAGCGGAAAACCCAUAACAAGA